GAAUUUCUUCUCUGUGAAUCAAACAUUCAAACUAUCGCGCCUUGUCCCCCCUUCUUUUACCCACCAAGUUAAUCCUCACGCAGACUCUAUCUCAUACUUUAACACUUCUGGCUACGCUUGUCCUAAGAUGUGGAGUGCUAUACUCCGACCAUCGCAUGCGCGAUGCUUCCGAGCGCCCGGACGAGCCAACGCCAGUUCCCUGAAUCGCGGACGAGUCAACCCUCGUGGUCCUCGCAACUCCGUUCGCAGACCAGAACCCAUCAAGCCAAAUAAAAUAUCACCUGCAUCUCAAUUCUCUGAUUCACAAAAGUCUCCUCCUUCCGACUCCUUGAGCCCUUACUACGAUCCCUCCCAGAACACGUUACUUGCUCCCGUUCACAUCCCAGAAGAUCCUCAUGGAGUGAUCAAAGAGACCCAUCCAGCAACAUCGAUCCUGGCAAACUCUGGUCUAGUGGUUCAACGCCAGCUGGAGUUGAUGAAUGUCCUGAUCGGGUUUGAGCAAGCUAACAAGUAUAUCGUGAUGGACGCUAAUGGCAGUCAUAUCGGCUUCAUGGCAGAGCAAGAGAAAGGCAUGGGAAAUAUGAUGGCGCGACAAUGGUUUAACACCCAUCGAAGCUUUGUCACCCACGUAUUUGACAAACAUGAAAAUGAAGUGCUGCGGUUCCACCGCCCAUUCUCGUGGAUCAACUCCCGUAUCCGCGUCUAUGAUCCUCUAGAAGUAACCAAAGGCGCCCAUUCUUCGUCCACGGCUCUACAGACUAACAGCGCCGGUUCCCUGACUCAAGCAUCCGGGGGCUCGAAUGCGCGCGUUUCGUCUCUUGGUCUUGAGGAAAUGCGAGUAAUCGGAGAAGCCCAGCAGCAAUGGGCUCCGUUGCGGCGUAAGUACAACCUAUUUACAUAUCACCACUCACCCAAUUCGGCUUUGGAUAUGGGGACGAAGACGCUACCACUUGACCAAACUGGGUUAUCUAGCUCUCAGCAAAUGCAGCUGGUUCAGACUUCCGAAGCCGAUCAAAUCGCGGGUGCCUACAAUCAGUUCGCAUAUGUGGAUGAGCCUUUCCUGUCCUGGGACUUCUCUCUCCGUUCCGCUGACAGUCGGCUAAUUGGCUCUGUAAACCGGAACUUUGCCGGCUUUGCCCGCGAACUCUUCACUGACACUGGCGUUUACGCAUUGCGGAUGGACUCUGCCUCCAUCGGCGAGCAGGCUCCCGAACAGUCUAGCGUCGCGACUGCGAUGAGUCUAGACCAGCGUGCUGUCAUGCUAGCCACUGCAGUCAGCAUUGAUUUCGACUACUUCAGUCGCCACAGCGGUUCUAGUGGCUUUGGCUUUAUGCCCCUCUGGUUUCCCGGUUUCGGAGGGGAAGCGGCCGCCGGGGGAGCGGCCGCCGAAGGUGCCGCGGCAGGGGGAGCUGUUGCUGGCGAGGCCGGCGCUGUCGGAGAGGCAGCUGCAGGUACUGUCGGUCGGACUGGGGCUGGUGCCGCUGGCGGCUUAGCUGAUGGUGCCAUGGCUGGUGCAGCAGGCGCCGGUGCCAUGGCGGGGUACGAUGCAAUGUCCCGGGGCGCCGGCGGGAAUCACCCAGCGCCUCCUCCCGACUCCCAGUCCUCACUGGGAAACCAGCAACCAACAGCACCUGGUCAGACCGGUCCGUACGGAGAUGUUUGGGCAGAUGAGAAUCAAGAGAAAUCCUGGGAUCAAGAAGAAGACCCCUGGGCGGAUGACGAAGAUGAUGGAGGUGAUGGAGGUGACGGUGAUAGUUUCGACUUUUUCUAAAAGACAUAUCAAGGUAUCAACUAUCAAUCGUCACUUACUAGAGGUACCACAAUGCAUAUCGAGCCGUCACGACUGGAAGAAGCAAUUGAACAUGCCAUGUCAGUUAAGCCAAGCCCGACCGUCGGGAAGCGAGGAGAGCUGAAAAUUCUCGGCAUACCUACAGCAUGAAAUCCGAUCACUCUUCGAUAACCAAUGAUCAAGAGUGGUUGUGACCAUGAGGCAAGGUCUCGACUAGGAUGUUGAUCGCACUACAGUGACAUGAAGUGCUUUCCUUCCGCCGCGGAAUACUCAGUAUAGUCCUCCGGGCUAUCAGCUGCACAAAUCUGCUUUGAACUCUACAAUGAGGGUUGUAACUGUGAUGUUAAUAGCUAUCAUAAAACCUGUAGAUAGAUGCAAAAUUUGGC